AUCGUACUAUUCACAGAUGUCAUUGUAUAUGAGAAUCACUGGACUAGGGAAAUGAUGCUACAAUCAACAUUUACUAGUCAGUUGUUGAAAUUUGGAAGCUGCUCAACUAUUAGUCAAAAUGAAUUUUCACACAUAGUAGAUGUCAAUAUUCUCCAGGAUUUGCUGGCGUAUGUGUCUUCCAAGUAUGCCUAUCUCCAAGUUCUCCCCCAAAGACAGACCCAGACGUUGAACAACAUACAACAGGUUCAACUAGAUAAACUCAAACCAGAUAUGCUGGUGCACUCAUUAGUGAAAAUUGUCAACAUCACUGUGCUAUCAGAUCUACAUAGUUACAGAGGAGAGACACAAAGAAAAAUUAUUCUACAAAUCAAGGAUCAGCAUUAUGCCUUAGUGUUAUGAGGAGCUCUAAUAGUGUAUUAUCCUCAACUUCAAAGGAAAAAAGAUCAUAUUUGGGAAUUUAAAUAUCUAUUUGCAAAACACAGUCCUGUCUCUGGUGAACUUGAAUUGCAUACAACACCAUGGUCAUCCCUGGAGUGUCUCUUCAAUGAUGACAGAAGAGCUGUUGAGUUCAAAGAGAAGUUUGAAACAGAUGUCAAGCCACUGAUGAGUAUGACCACUCCUGCUGCACAUCUAGAGGAGAAGCGUUCUGGAAUGAUCCAAGUGAAAGCCUGUAUCACAGAGCUGAAAUUUGCUGUUGCCUCCUCUCCACACAGAUGGCUUGUCUUUGAUGCUAAUACUUCACUGCAGGACAUAUUUGCUUCUCUAACUCUGAUCACCUAUGCAGGCUGUGCAAAAUGUGGACUUGAACUACAGAUAGAUAACUGUCCUGCCCAGAGUGAAAAUCAUGAAACGGAGGUGAGACUGGAAUUAAUUCCUGUUUUAUUAGAGUAA